UUUUAAAAGAGUGGAGGUGCGCAAUGGCAGCUACUGAAGUGUUAAACGGUUUGCAAUUUUUCGAAGGAGUUGAAAAACUUCUUGAAAUUUGGUUUACUACAAGUGAUGGUAAUCAUAAAACAGCUGACUUGAGAAAAAUACCCAGAGUUAAAUUGGAGGCGCUGAUGAAAAUUGUCCGAUGUGAAAUAAUAAGUUUUGUGAAAAAUGAUCAAAUUGAUGCUUACGUAUUAAGUGAGAGUUCUAUGUUCGUCUCCAAGAGACGGUUUAUUUUGAAGACAUGCGGGACAACAACACCUUUGUUGUGUUUGGAGCCUCUUCUGCUAAUGGCAGAGCAAUACGCGGGGUUCACGGAAGUUGAAGAUUUAUAUUAUUCAAGAAAAAACUUCAAACGGCCUGAUUUACAAGUGACACCCCAUCAACACUUCGAUCAAGAGGUGGCUUUGUUAGACACACUGUUUCCGGAUGGAGCUGCCUAUUGCUUGGGAGCGGUAAAUAGAGAUUGUUGGUAUCUCUAUACAUUAAAUCCGAUUCCGCAACGCCUACCCUCUUUACCGAAUCCGGAUGAACCGGACCAAACGCUCGAAAUUAUGAUGACAGAUCUCGAUCCGGAAAUCAUGUCUAUAUUCACAAAGGAGGAGUGUUUGAAUGCAACCGAAGCUACGAAGAAAGCGGGGAUUGACAAGAUAAUUCCCAAUAUGAUAAUUGAUGAUUUCCUCUUCAAUCCUUGCGGAUACUCCAUGAACGGUGUUACUAAAAAUGGUUGCUACAUGACCAUCCAUAUUACUCCGGAACCUGAUUUUUCUUAUGUUAGUUUUGAGACAAACGUUCCUUCCAGCUCCUAUAAGGAAAUAAUCAGUAAAGUCCUCGAAACUUUCAAUCCAGGGAAGUUUACUGUCACCGUUUUCUCAAAUCAAUUGUCACCAACAAAGGACACAUCGAAGGAGCUACUCUUCCUCAACCAACUGGCCGACUGGCAAAGACGAGAUGUUCAGCAAUGCAGUAUCAAGAACUACGAUCUCGUGUACGCGUUCUUCUGUCGUUUUCCAAGCUGAGGGUGUCCGGGCGAGCUGUGUGAGUGCACAGCUAACCGUACCCUUUCCCAUCUCCUUUCUUCCAAUCCUUUACCUUCCAGAAUUUUUCCUCAACAUUUCUUUUCCACUCUACCUACUCCUCGUAAAUCAUCUCACAAUCAGAUUCCUCACCUUUUACUUCAUUCAUUUCUACUACACUUUAACAACAACUUUGCCGUAGACGAUAUAGAGAAGAAUUUGCCUAAAUCUGUUGUACCGAGCUUCCUUUUCUACUACGGCUACUCUGUGAUGGCUUGCGCACUUUUAAUGAAGUUCGGACUUUUGAAAUCGAAGAACGUCAACCCCAACAACCACGACUGUAACACGCAGCCAGCUUACAAUACCUUAUUUGGACCUUUUUCAUUCUUUUUUCUUUAUUUCACCCUUUUCGCGCCAGUUUUCAAGUUCACAGAUUUUGAGUCGCCACUUGUUCUUUUUUCUUGGUGGCGUAACAAAAUAUCGUGAGAACUACUGAAAAAACUUUCACAGUAGGUAGUGCAUUAGAGGGCUUGUCUUUUCACCUAUGAGGGUGUUAAGAAUUCUUGAUGCAUUAUAAUCUUUGUCCUGAUUGCCCUACCUCCUUGAAAGUUUUAGCUCUGGUUUAUUUCCGAUUAUGAAGUAGAUGGAUUUUCUUUUUGUAAAGAGCCUUUGAAUGAACAACUCCAAAAUUUUUCCCUAAAAAUAUCAGGGUUGAUGUAGGUCCAUUCGGUGUAAAAAUAAGCUCUAGAUGUUGAGUAGGUAAAACUUUAUUAAACUGUUUUUGAUAAAACACUAGAGGCUUAUUUUAUUUUAUUACUAAAUUACAGAAAGAUUUAUUGAGACUUUAUCUAAUGGAAAUUGGACAGAUUUUAUUGAGCAUGUAGUAAUAUACAAUAGUUUUAAGAUUAGAAUUAGGAAUAUUUGCUUUUAUUUUAAAACAUAUAUAUUUAGAGUUUGAAUUAUUACUUUAUUUUUGAUCCAAACAUGACAAAUACUGAAAAUUAUAUGAUACUUUAUUUAAAUGUAUAUUAACCACAUUACCCAUUUUUGGAUAUGUUUUCUACCAAUUUAUAUAUGUCUUCCCAACAAAUAAAUCAAAAGCAAGUUUCUCUUAAGUCAAUAGAUGAGAUACUGGGUAUCUCAAAAUUGAUGAUAGAAAAUUAAGAAAGGUGUUUAAAAAUAUUCAAGAAUUUUCUAAACGCACCGCUUAUCACCGCAAUUACAAUAAAAUAUAUUCAGCUCAUUUCGGGGUUCAUAAUAAUUUUCUUUGCUCGUACUUCUAUACGGUUGGUUCUUCUGAUUACAUUUCUUGAGAUAUUUCUGAUCCCUCGUUUUCUCUAACCGCCUCCAACUAUAUCUUUAUUGGUUUAACAGUCUUAUCUUUGCAGGAACUUGACACUUAGCUGUACUUUAUAUGGUAUAAUUACCAUAUUGAUAUUGCACGUGCUAUAACCCUCUUAACUAACCCAUGCUCGCUGAUUUUGAUAUUGAUCAUUGCCACACCUAGAUUUUCCCCAAAUAUAUUAUUAAUUAAAUGCAUCCUUUUUUUGUUAUUGUUCGAUUGUUCUUUUUUUAAGUAGACAAAAUUCAGUACCGUAUAUCAUAAUUAAAAUUUUACACUAUAAUUCGCAGUAAACUUGUGUGAUACUAUUAAUACGAGGGCGGUUUAACAAGUACUUAGCCUGCAAAAGAAAACAGAACAAAACAGAACCUCAUUUUGCUCAAUAUACUUGACCUAUGAUGCUCCAACUUUUUUAAGCCGUCUGAAAAAUACGUUUUCUCGAGGUCUACAAAUUAGAUCUCAGUGGCGGCGAUGACCUCCUCAUUCGACUCAAAUUUGAGACCGACGAGCAAGUUUUUUAAGUUUGGAGAAACAAAAUCAAGUGGCAUGGGGCCAAAUCGGGAGAACAUGAUGGAUGAGGCAGCAGUUACAUGACGGAUGGGGCAGCAGUUCGUAGCGCCAAUUUACCAAUUUGACCAUUUCGACAGCGGAUGUGUGAGCCGGUACAUUGUUCGAAAAGCACUUUUUUCUUCUCCACACAUGGCCGUUUUUUCUGAUUUGCACACCUUCUGAAUUUCAGUAAAUGGUGGCCAUCACCUUUCUGACCGCUAGGAAAGUCUUUGCCUUCUUCGGAGCACGUUCUCCGAGUGUAGUCCACUGUUUCUUGGUAUCUCGUGUGUACCAGUGGAUCCAUGUUUCGACUAUGGUCACAAAAAACGCAGAAACUCCUUCGGAUUGCGCUUAGACAGUGUCAAACACUGUUCUGAAGUGGUCUCACGGUUGCGGUUGUUGUCUGGAGUGAGCAAACGCUGUCUCAUGUCCAAAAUGUCAUGCAAGAUAUGACUUACGCAGUCUGUUGAGAUGCCUACUGUCUCAGCUAUGUCGCGCACCUUCAAUACAAACGGUAAGU